AUGGACUUGAAAAGAGUCGAAAGAGAAAACAUGUCGUCAAGGGCAGCACUUACAAAUGAUGUAUUAGAGGACCAGUACGUUAAUCUCCCAUCCAAAAUUUUUAAAUCAUGGUGGACUUAUGAACUAAAUGAACUAUGGCAGUCACUUUUGUUCAAAUCAUUUCUUGUUUCCCUAGUCGUUGCGAUUCCGCUAGUGAUAUAUUUCUCUAUAACGAAUCCAAUACUUCUAAUCGGAAUCAUUAACGUAUUUCUUGUCCCCUUAAUAUUGGGGUCAUUGGCUGUUAGUAAACUAAAUGAGAAGAGGUUAAUGAUAAGACAGGAUAAUGAAAAUAUAAACAAACUUUUUCUGGAAAUUAUUCAAUGGAAACCAAAUGUGGAUCCCAGAUCUUGGGACCUUAUUGCACUUCAUAUAAAUCAACAUUUAUACGAAAUGGGCAAUUGGAACACGCCAGGAUUCUUUUAUGACGGUCAUUUGGUCUAUGCUUGGUUUAAACCGAUCAGGGCUUAUUAUAUUGCUAAUGAAGAACAAGAUCGAACGGUUUCAACCGAAAACUCAAAGAAUAGUAUAUUAAAGAAGCAAGAAUAUCAAUUUAAACAGUAUAAAAAAUUGGCAGUGGAAGCUUACAAUGCAGCUGUUGAUGACUAUUGGCAGGAUCAAUACCCAAUGACAGCAUCCCUGAUGACAAAUUCCAAUCAAUCUCCAGUUUGA